AUGUUGAGAACAUUAAAGAUCUAUUUUAUAAGAAUUAGUAGUGUAGAAGCAAACGAUAUUAAUUAUGCCCAAGGCACAUAUGUAAUAUCAACUUCGACCUGCGGUAGUCCUCCAACUGAGUUUUGUUCCCCGGAUGGUCAAUGUUCCAAUAUUUGUAACGAAACAUGUCCACAAACUUCGAAAUUAACAUUAUUAACAACGGCAGCCACGGCGGCUUCGGCGGUACCAACAUCGUCUUCUGCUCCUGGUAGCUAUACAUCAUCUUAUAAUUUUGACGGAUCAACAUAUUAUACAGUACAACAAAAAGAUGAGCCGACAACAUUGCAAGUUCAAGGUGGCUUCUCUAUAACGAUUUGGACCAAACCACAGACAAGUAGUGUUGGACGAUUUUUUAUGAAAGAAGCUCAAGGCACUUCCAAUGGUAUUUACAUGUCGUUAGUUACCAAUACAACUGGUCCUAAUAAACAUUUAUCCUAUUGGUAUCAAGACGACAACAAUCAACUCAGUUCCGUUACUUUUUCUAAUAUUGCCCUCGAUGAUAACUUGUGGCAUCUAGUAACAAUUAUUAUAUAUAAUGAAGGCGGAUUUGAUAUUUUUACCCAGCAGUAUUCUAAACCGUCGAUAUCGCUUUAUAUUGAUAAGACGCUGAGAUAUGCUAAUUCUCGCUAUGGGGGCAAGCCGAAAUAUGGAUUGGGAACUUUUACUAUCGGUAAAGGCGUCCAAACUGGCGAUAAUUAUAAAGGUAUCAAUAUACUUAUAGAUUAG